AUGACCGCGACGGGUAGGGUCGAAUCAGUCACCCUUGGAUACCUCGCGCUGACCGCUAAUCAGGAAUGGUAUAUGAUAAGUGACGAGAAAUCGGAGGACGCCGCUACGUUCACGGCUACAUUGUAUCAAAAUGGUAUCACUCAAAGCGUGAGCUUCAAGGAUAAUAAUGCUCCAACUUCCCGUCAAUAUUUGGCAGGUCUCAUCCCACGAGGCACUAUACUCACUAUGUCGGGCAAUGCUAUUUUGGGAACUUCAGAGUUAACUUUGGCCAAUGCCACCGCUGGCUCUGGUGGCCCAGUUUCCAUGGAUGGAAAGGAAUACGAGACGGCAAUCUGGGAUUACGAUGCUUCAACUCAAAAGAUUACACCCAUAUGGUCAGACCUUCCUAUUCACAGAAACCCAGUGUUAUCAGUCGUGUGGGAUUCAGGGCUGCAGAUGAUCUGUCUCACGCCAACGCCAGAGCGCUUCAUCAACACUAAAGCUCGGCAUCUUGUGAUUCUCUCUCUAGUUGAUGACUGA